AUGCUGGACCCGUCCUCCAGCGAAGAGGAGUCGGACGAGGGGCUGGAAGAGGGGAGCCGCGAUGUGCUGGUGGCCGCCGGCGGGCCGCAGCGAGCGCCACCCGCCCCGCUUCGGGAAGGGCGGCGGGACGCGGCGGGGCGCGCGGGCGGCGGCGGCGCGGUCAGACCCGGGAGCCCGAGCCCCUCGGUGCUGAGCGAGGGGCGAGAUGAGCCCGAGCGACUGCUGGACGAGGAGCAGGAGCGGCGGAUCCGCCUGCAGCUCUACGUCUUGGUGGUGCGGUGCAUCGCGUACCCCUUCAACGCCAAGCAGCCCACCGACAUGGCCCGGAGGCAGCAGAAGCUUAACAAGCAACAAUUGCAGUUACUGAAAGAACGGUUCCAGGCCUUCCUCAAUGGGGAAACCCAAAUUGUAGCCGAUGAAGCAUUUUGCAAUGCAGUUCGAAGUUACUAUGAGGUUUUUCUAAAGAGCGACCGAGUAGCCAGGAUGGUUCAGAGUGGAGGAUGUUCUGCUAAUGACUUCAGAGAGGUAUUUAAGAAAAAUAUAGAAAAACGUGUGCGGAGUUUGCCAGAAAUUGAUGGCUUGAGCAAAGAGACAGUGCUGAGCUCAUGGAUAGCCAAAUAUGAUGCCAUUUACCGGGGUGAAGAGGACGUGUGCAAACAGCCAACUAGAAUGGCCCUCAGUGCUGUGUCUGAACUUAUUCUGAGCAAGGAACAACUCUAUGAAAUGUUUCAGCAGAUUUUGGGGAUUAAAAAGCUAGAACACCAGCUCCUUUAUAAUGCAUGUCAGCUGGAUAAUGCUGAUGAACAAGCAGCCCAGAUCAGAAGGGAACUCGAUGGUAGGCUGCAGCUGGCAGAGAAAAUGGCAAAGGAAAGAAAAUUCCCCAAGUUUAUAGCAAAAGAAAUGGAGACUAUGUAUAUAGAAGAGUUGCGGUCUUCAGUGAAUUUGCUAAUGGCCAAUUUGGAAAGUCUUCCAGUAUCGAAAGGUGGUCCAGAAUUUAAAUUGCAAAAAUUAAAACGUUCACAGAAUUCUGCAUUUUUGGACAUAGGCGAUGAGAAUGAGAUUCAGCUGUCAAAGUCUGACGUGGUGCUGUCAUUCACCUUGGAGAUUGUCAUAAUGGAAGUGCAAGGCUUGAAGUCAGUUGCUCCCAAUCGAAUUGUUUACUGUACAAUGGAAGUAGAAGGAGGAGAAAAACUGCAGACAGACCAGGCUGAAGCCUCAAGGCCACAAUGGGGAACCCAAGGAGAUUUCACCACUACCCAUCCUCGACCUGUGGUCAAAGUAAAACUCUUUACAGAAAGCACUGGGGUUCUGGCCCUUGAAGAUAAAGAACUGGGAAGGGUGGUAUUAUACCCAACUCCUAACAGCUCCAAGGCAGCUGAGUUGCACCGAAUGAUAGUUCCAAAAAAUAGCCAGGACUCUGACUUAAAAAUCAAACUGGCUGUGCGAAUGGAUAAACCGCCACACAUGAAACACAGUGGAUAUCUGUAUGCACUUGGACAGAAGGUUUGGAAAAGAUGGAAAAAACGUUACUUUGUUCUUGUUCAGGUUAGCCAGUACACGUUUGCUAUGUGCAGUUAUAGAGAAAAAAAGUCCGAACCACAGGAAUUGAUGCAGCUUGAAGGAUACACUGUGGAUUAUACAGAUCCCCACCCAGGCCUUCAGGGCGGUCAGAUGUUCUUUAAUGCUGUGAAAGAAGGAGACGCUGUACUAUUUGCAAGUGAUGACGAACAGGAUAGAAUAUUAUGGGUUCAAGCCAUGUAUAGGGCCACAGGUCAAUCAUACAAACCCAUUCCUGCAAUUCAGACCCAGAAGCUGAAUCCCAAAGGAGGAACUAUCCAUUCUGAUGCUCAGCUUUCUGGUAAAGAUGCAGACCGUUUUCAAAAACAUGGCAUGGAUGAGUUUAUUUCUGCUGAUCCUUGCAAGCUGGACCACGCCUUCCUUUUUAGAUUACUCCAGAGACAGACUUUGGAUCACAGGCUGAAUGAUUCCUAUUCUUGCUUGGGUUGGUUUAGCCCUGGCCAAGUCUUUGUGUUGGAUGAGUACUGUGCCCGUUACGGUGUGAGAGGCUGUCACAGACAUCUCUGCUACCUUACAGAACUGAUGGAACAUUCAGAAAACGGUGCUGUCAUUGACCCAACCCUGCUCCAUUACAGCUUUGCAUUCUGCGCCUCUCACGUGCACGGCAACAGGCCUGAUGGAAUUGGAACUGUUUCAAUGGAAGAAAAAGAAAAGUUUGAAGAGAUAAAAGAGAGACUUUCUUCCCUUUUAGAAAAUCAGCUAAGCCAUUUCAGAUAUUGUUUUCCCUUUGGACGACCUGAAGGUGCUCUAAAAGCUACGCUUUCAUUACUUGAAAGGGUUUUAAUGAAAGAUAUUGCCACUCCCGUACCAGCAGAAGAGGUGAAGAAAGUGGUCAGAAAAUGUCUGGAGAAAGCUGCCUUGAUCAAUUACACUAGACUCACAGAAUAUGCCAAAAUAGAAGGCCCAGCAGAAAAGGAAACAGAGACCAUGAACCAUGCAAGUCCUGCUAGAAAGCUGGAAGAGGUUCUCCAUCUAGCAGAGCUCUGCAUAGAAGUCCUACAGCAGAAUGAGGAGCACCAUUCAGAGGGAAGAGAGGCAUUUGCCUGGUGGCCUGAUUUGUUGGCUGAGCAUGCGGAGAAAUUUUGGGCUCUGUUCACAGUGGAUAUGAGUACUGCACUGGAGGCACAACCACAAGACUCCUGGGAUAGUUUCCCUCUUUUCCAACUGCUUAAUAAUUUCCUCAGAAAUGACACACUUUUGUGUAAUGGAAAAUUUCACAAACAUUUGCAAGAAAUCUUUGUGCCCUUGGUUGUCCGCUACGUCGAUCUCAUGGAGUCCUCCAUCGCCCAGUCAAUUCACAGAGGUUUUGAGCAAGAGACAUGGCAGCCGGUCAAGAAUAUCGCCAACAGCCUUCCCAAUGUAGCUCUUCCAAAAGUUCCAAGUCUGCCUCUUAAUCUUCCACAGAUUCCUAGCUUUUCUACUCCUACAUGGAUGGCUUCUUUAUAUGAGUCCACCAAUGGUUCAGCAACAUCAGAGGACCUUUUCUGGAAACUCGAUGCCCUGCAAAUGUUUGUCUUUGAUCUACAUUGGCCAGAACAAGAAUUUGCCCACCACUUAGAGCAAAGACUAAAACUGAUGGCCAGUGAUAUGAUAGAGGCCUGUGUUAAAAGGACAAGAACUGCGUUUGAACUCAAGCUACAAAAGGCAAGCAAAACGACUGACUUACGCAUUCCAGCCUCAGUGUGUACAAUGUUUAAUGUGUUAGUUGAUGCCAAAAAGCAAAGCACCAAACUCUGUGCUCUGGAUGGAGGACAAGAGUUUGGUAGUCAAUGGCAACAGUACCAUUCAAAAAUAGACGAUUUGAUUGACAACACAGUAAAAGACGUCAUUUCACUGCUAGUUUCAAAGUUUGUUUCAGUGUUGGAAGGGGUGCUGUCUAAGCUGUCAAGGUAUGAUGAAGGCACUUUCUUUUCAUCCAUUCUGUCAUUCACCGUGAAAGCAGCUGCAAAAUAUGUUGAUGUUCCAAAACCUGGAAUGGACCUGGCAGACACCUACAUUAUGUUUGUUCGGCAAAACCAAGAUAUUCUUCGAGAUAAAGUCAAUGAAGAAAUGUAUAUAGAAAAGUUGUUUGAUCAAUGGUACAGCAGUUCCAUGAAAGUCAUUUGCGUGUGGUUGGCUGAUAGAUUAGACCUUCAGCUUCAUAUUUACCAACUGAAGACGCUCAUCAAGAUUGUGAAGAAAACCUACAGGGACUUCCGAUUGCAGGGCGUGUUGGAAGGAACACUGAACAGUAAGACGUAUGAUACUCUGCACAGACGAUUAACUGUAGAGGAGGCCACAGCUUCCGUUUCGGAAGGAGGAGGACUUCAGGGCAUUACUAUGAAAGACAGUGAUGAAGAAGAAGAAGGAUGAUCACACCCAGCUUGUAGGAAGACCUUGACGUUGUUGAUUUUGUACCUUGUCCUUGUAACUACAUUUAUUGUUUUGACCAAAUGUAAAUGCUUGUAUUUCACUCCACUGUUUCAAAAUUAAACCUAGAAAGCAACAUGGAAAAUGCCAACUUUUUUUUUUUUGGU